CUCCUUUAUCUUUUCCCGUCCCCCUGUGAUCUCUUUCUCUGCAACUCUCUCAUGUUGAUGUGAUUCUCCACCCACACACACCACCAAAGAACCCAUCAAACUUUUACAAAAGAGAAAGAAAGCUCUCUAAUUAACAAGAACUAUGGUCUUCCCGUCCCUUCCAAUCUAUCUAGAUCCACCCAACUGGUCACAACAGCAGCCUAAUCAGCAAGCAGGAAUUGGCACUAAUAAUCCACAGAUUCCACCACCUCUGCAGCCGUCACCACCUUCAUCGGUGACGACAGGUAUCGGAGGUGGUGACUAUAUUCAAGGCUCUAUCAGACCAGGAUCAAUGGCUGAUAGAGCCAGGAUGGCCAAGAUACACCAACCCGAUGCAGCACUCAAAUGUCCACGAUGUGAAUCCACAAACACCAAGUUUUGCUACUACAACAACUACAGCCUCUCACAGCCUCGCCACUUUUGCAAGACUUGUCGUCGUUACUGGACCAGAGGAGGUGCACUCAGGAGCGUGCCAGUUGGAGGUGGCUGCAGAAGGAACAAAAGAAACAAAGGGAACAGUGCUAGAUCAAAGUCUCCUAUGAAACCUUCAGCAAGUGCUAAUUCUUCUUCUAGUGGCUGCACCCCUGAUCAUGUGAUGAUGACUCAUUUGCCAACUCCAAUAACACCAACUCAAUUCCCAUUCUUGGCCUCUUUACAUCAUUAUAAUGGCGACUACGUUUCUGGGGGCAUUGGAUCUCAUUUUGGGGCGAUCACAACACCUUUGGUGGCUAGAAAUAAUGGCAACAACACUAGUGAUGUUGAGUUUCAAAUUGGUACUAGUUCAGCUUCAUCACUUGGUAAUAUUAGUGGAGGGGCUAUGUUGUCAAAUAAUGGCCUUGGUGAUCAGCAAUGGAGGUUUAACAAUCUGCAACAAGUUCAACAUCAGUUCCCUUUCUUGAGUACUAAUUUUGAGCCACAAAUUGGGGUGUUUCAGUUUGGUGGUGGAGAAAAUAACAAUGCUGAACCGCCAAGUUAUGCAAAGGAUCAUGGAGGCCGGUUUAAUAAUAUUCGUUCUAAAAUGGAUUCUAUUAAUUCUAGUGUAAGUGGAAUAGUGCCUCAGCUUAAUACAAUAAAGCUGGAAGAGAAUCAAGGUUUGAGUUUGUCAAAAAAUCUCUUGAUGACUAGUUCGGGAAAUGGUGUACUUUGGAAUAAUGGAAGUAGUGGCAAUGCAUGGAGUGAGGUUCCUAGUUUCAUUCCUUCACCUAACCACUUGUUGUGAUCAUUGGAAUUAAACUACUCCAAUUCUACUGCUUUGCUUUAUUUCCUACUCGCCACACAGAUUUUUAUGAUCAUAGAAAUGAUCUAAUGUAUAAGAGUUAUUAGAAGAACCUAUUAUAUCACCUUGCUAACUUUGGAACGGAAUUCUACUACCCUCUAUGCAUGAGUCUUGUCUUUUGAGGAUAAAUGGGAUGGAAGGAUAAGAAGAUCAGAACACUUUGUGUAACAUCAAUGUGACGAUAAAAUGGUACGCAACUCUUCAAGUAAUUUCCUUUUUCCAUCGUUGGAUGUCGUCGUUGAUAUUUUUUUGUUGUACUCCAAGUAUGAACAAGUUGAGCAAAAGUAUUGGUGUGUAAUUGUUUAUAUAUAUGCUUGUGUUGUGAUGACAUGAGCGGUUAAUUAGUUGAUAUUACUAAUUGUGUGAAGCUAUGUGGACUAGCCUAGAAGGCUUUUUAUAUGAUGUCAUUUUUUUUUAUAUUUGCUCAUUGUUAACGAUUUGCACCAGGUAUAAUGUAAGUUUAAGAAACUUUACA